AUGGCCUCGAAAUUUGGAUUGCUAGUUUGUGGGCCAGCAGGGGUCGGAAAGACAACGGCUUGCAAUGCACUUAUACAGCAUCUGCAAACGGUCAGACGCUCAGUUUUCUAUGUAAACCUAGACCCUGCGGCGGACAAUUUCCAAUACGAACCCGAUCUCGACAUUCGCGAUUUGAUUACUCUCGAAGAUGUGAUGGAGGAACUGGGCCUUGGACCGAAUGGAGGAUUGAUAUACUGCUUUGAGUUUUUGUUGCAAAACCUGGAUUUCCUCUCCGAUGCCAUCGAUCCCCUUAGCGAGGAGUAUCUGAUCAUCUUCGAUAUGCCCGGUCAAAUUGAGCUCUACACACACGUCCCACUACUUCCGUCGCUUGUCCAGUUCUUAUCGCGUGCCGGUCCUCUCAAUAUAAACCUGUGCGCUGCGUAUCUUCUGGAAAGUACGUUCAUUGUGGACAAGGCCAAGUUUUUUGCCGGUACUCUGAGCGCCAUGUCCGCUAUGCUCAUGCUCGAGAUGCCGCAUGUCAACAUUCUCACAAAGAUGGACCAAGUGCGCGAAAUGGUUUCCCGCCGAGAACUCAAACGUUUUAGCCGUGUGGACGUGCAGCUGCUUCAGGACAAUAACGAAGCCGAGUAUGACGCUGGAGCCGAUCCCAUGUCGAAGGACUCGCUGAUGAGCGGCGGAUCCUUCGACAGGCUGAACCGUGCAGUGGCUCAGCUGAUUGACGAUUUCAGUAUGGUGUCGUUUUUACAGCUAGAGGCUCAGGACGAAGAUAGCGUUGCUGCCGUGCUUAGCCAUAUUGAUGACGCCAUCCAGUAUCAUGAGGCACAAGAGCCAAGGGAACCUAAUGAUACUCAGGAAGUCGACUGGGAAGCGGAUUGA